UCUUCUGGAGGUGGCUGAAUUAGCAUUAGCUCAUUGAAACGGUUUCAGUUUUGUAGCUCCGUACAACGUUAAAUAAGAGUUAUUACAAAACAGCCUGGCCAAACCGUAAAUUUUACGUUUGUAGCCGUGGUUGUCUUUAAGCGCAGGGCUAGUUUAUUCCUGUUUCCUCCUCCUCUGAAAGCUAACCAGCAUAGAGAGCUAGUUUAGCUAAAGAGCUACCAACAUGGAUAAAUCUUGGCAGGAGUGUAUGGACCACUGCUUGGAGGUAACCAGAAAGGCUGGGAAGAUGAUCCGUGAGGCGCUCCAAAAGGACAUCACCGUCAUGGAGAAGAGCUCACCGGUUGACCUGGUGACUGAGACGGACCAGAAAGUGGAGCAGCUUAUUAUAUCCUCCAUCAAGGAGAAGUACCCCACACACAGCUUUAUAGGUGAGGAGUCAGUAGCAGCAGGUGCACCAAGUGUUCUGACUGACAACCCCACUUGGAUCAUCGACCCCAUCGAUGGUACCACCAACUUUGUUCACAGGUUCCCAUUUGUGUCUGUAUCAAUUGGCUUCGCUGUGAAUAAAGAGAUAGAGUUUGGGAUUGUCUACAGCUGCAUCGAGGACAAAAUGUACACAGCACAGAAAGGGAGAGGGGCGUUCUGCAAUGGGGUCCCGAUCAAAGUGUCUGGACAAGAAGACAUUAGCCAGUCUCUGGUGCUGACAGAAAUGGGCUUCAAGAAGGAUCCAGAGCAGUUCAAAAUAAUGAUGGCCAACAUCAAGAGCAUCCUCACCAUCCCUGUGCAUGGAAUCCGUUCCCCGGGCAGUGCAGCUGUCAACAUGUGUCUGGUAGCGUGCGGCUCAGCUGAUGCUUACUACCAUAUGGGCAUCCACUGCUGGGACAUGGCUGGAGGGGCGGCGGUUGUUACCGAAGCUGGAGGAGUUAUCAUGGAUAUUUCAGGUGGACCAUUUGAUCUGAUGUCUCGGAGGCUGAUUGUGGCCAGCAGCAGAGCGAUAGCAGAACGCAUUGCGAAGGAAAUAACAGAGUUUCACGUUGGCAGAGACGAUGCAGACAACUAGUAAGCUUCCAUUCUCUGGUCAGCGGGAAGUCAUGUAAAUACACUCAACUGUUUUGUAUUUAACAGUUCAGGAUUCUGUCUUUGCCUUAAGAACCAAAACGAUAAACUUGCCUCCUGAAGACCAGUUGAGCAGGUUUGUUUAAAUACUUUUAGACUUUCCCCCUUCUUUCUGCUUCAUCGUUGUAUCAGUCAUUGUAUUUCCUCACUUAGUCAUUCACAGAUUUAAACUCUAUAUUCUGUUGUGAUUUACUUGGAUAGUAAUGACGUUAUUAAUAAUGAAGAUGUGAUGAAGGAAUGGGUGUGUCAUACACUCAUGUUUUUAUGGUUUCUAAUCCCAAAGCCCUUUUAUUAUUUCUAUUUAUUUAUCUAAAUGACAGAGACAGAACAUGAGCAAGGAAUCAACUGAUAAAAUACCUCACUACUGCACCAUUGGAGUAAUUUUAGAAUAAAUGUGUUCAGGUUUUGAUCAGUAAUAUUGCUUUUCCAUUCUUUAGGUUAUUGUAUUUUUCAGUGUCUUAAUAUAUGAUAUAUUAAUUUAUAUAGUAAGUGUACUCGUGAACUUCAUUGCCAUCUUUAGUUUGCACUAUAGGUAAUGCAAGACUAUGUACACCAAACUAGUGUACAUAUAACUACUGUACUGUAUAACUACUUCUCUGUGAAGUCCAGGCUGAAAUACACUGAUGGUAAAAGUGUGUGUAUUAUGUUUAAAAGUGCUUUAUAUAAGAAUGUAAUGCAAGCAACAAAUAAAAAAAAGCACCAUAAACAUCUGUUGC